AUGAGAGGGUUUCUUUUGAUAGUUGUAUUAAUCAUAGCAAAGAAAUGUUUUGCAGAACAUUUAAAUACAGACUUAAUUUUAGAUCUGAGAAACGAUUUUGGGAAACGGUAUUCGUUGGUAUUUUUGGAUUGUAAUAAUGAAGAUGAACUACGUAAAAUGAGUUUGGACAUUACUAAGAAAACGGACAAACCAAUAAUGGUACAAUUUAUGAACAAUAAAAUGAACAAUGUCAAACAAAAUAUAAUGUUUAUUGCGGAUGUCGGAUGUUCAAAUAUAAAACAAUCUUUCAUCACGGAUGAAGCGAAAAAAAUCUUUCGACCGCCAUUCAAAUGGAUAUUUCUAAAUAAGCAACAAUUAAAUCAAAGCGAUUCGGUUCUUUUUGAAUCUGGAAACGUUCAUCUAGAUGAAGACGUUGUUAUGGUAACUAAAAGGAAAGAUAUAUAUCAAAUCAGCUUUGUUUACAAAAUCUCCAACAAGUCAAACUGGAAAAUUGAGCGAUUCGGAGAAUGGAGCGCUAAUUUCGGUUUAAUAAAAAACAAAGAAUGGGUAGAUGUUACAUCUCUACGACGAAAAAAUUUAGGAUUAAAUGCUAUUAAUGUGUGUUUUGUGCUAACAGACAGCGACAGUAUUCAUCAUCUAACGGAUGGAAAGAAUGAUCACAUUGAUACAAUUACCAAAGUUAACUAUCCAACUAUAAAUCAUCUAUUGGAUUAUUUAAAUGCCAGCAAGAAUUACAUAUUUACUGAUACAUGGGGAUAUAAAAAUAAUAAUUCGUGGAAUGGUAUGACUGGAUACAUGGUGAGAGGCGAAGUUGAUAUCGGAGGUUCUCCAAUGUUUUUUACGACCCAGCGUAUGUCCGUGGUCGAAUACAUAUCCAGUCCGACUCCAACUCGAUCGAUGUUUGUUUUUCGACAACCAAAGCUAUCCUACGAAAAUAAUCUCUUUUUAUUAUCCUUUCAUAAAUAUCUAUGGUACGGUUCUGUUUCUUUGUUAGCAAUUUUAUUUAUUGCCUUGUUUUUCAUUACGUUUUGGGAAUGGAAGAAGACACGCCUGGAAAAUUCAAUGAGCCUGGAUUCCACUGUGCUCCGUCCAAAUGUAUCAGACAUUGCAAUUUUAAUAUUUGCAGCAACUUGUCAACAAGGUAGCCAUACCGAACUAAAAGGUUCCCUCGGCCGUAUUGUCUUACUGCUGCUUUUUAUAUCCUUAACAUUCCUUUACACAUCGUAUUCAGCUAACAUCGUUGCUCUGCUGCAGUCCAGCUCCUCACAGAUAAGGAGUUUGGACGACUUAUUGCAUUCCAGACUUAGUUUCGGCGUUCAUGACACUGUUUUCAACAGAUACUAUUUUUCGAUAGAGACCGAACCUAUUCGAAAGGCGAUAUAUGAAACAAAAAUUACGCUAUCUGGUGGUAAAACACGUUUCAUGACGAUGGAUGAAGGAAUAAAGAAAAUGCAGAUGGGCCUUUUCGCCUUCCAUAUGGAAACCGGUGUAGGUUACAAGUUUGUAAGCAAAUACUUUGAAGAAGGUGAAAAAUGUGGGCUCGAAGAGAUCCAAUAUUUACAAGUGAUUGACCCUUGGCUUGCAGUCCAAAAGGAUACGCCGUAUAUGGAGUUGUUUAAAAUUGGUACAAAACGACUUCAGGAGCACGGUCUGCAACAAAGGGAAAAUCGAUUACUUUACGAGAAACGUCCGAAAUGUCUAAGCAGACAAGAUAAUUUUGUAUCCGUGAGCAUGGUCGAUUGCUAUCCGGCUUUACUGAUUCUAUCCUAUGGAUCUCUAUUGGCAUUGACAUUAUUAAUUUUCGAAAUCUUAUACGAAAAAAAGAAACAAUCGCGUAAAACCUUCAUGCAAAAGAAAUAG